AUGGUGGUACAACUGACGUCUGCUGAGUCACUAAAGGAUGCCGGAAAUGUUGCUAUGAAGCGUGAACAGUGGAAAGAAGCUAACGACUAUUAUACGGAUGCGCUGCAGCUUACCACUAAUGAUGACAAAACCCUGAGAGCAACCCUCUAUCGAAAUCGAUCCCUGUCGAGAUUGAAACAAGGCGAUUUCGAAGGAGCCGAAAGCGACUGCACAAAAGCUCUCGAAUACAAUGGAUCAGAUACGAAGGCACUUUAUCGUCGUGCUCUUGCUCGUGAACAUCUCGAUAAUGUCGGGGCGGCUUUUAAGGACGCUAAAGAGGCUUUGAGACUUAGCCCUAAGGACAAAUCGAUUUCGGAAUUGCUUCAACGUCUGCUUGUUGCAAAUAACGAAAAAGUGAAGAAAACUACCAGUACGGAAAACAAAGUGAAAGAAAUGAGCUACUUGGCAUUUGAAUGUGGUGCUAAGGACGUGGAACAGAAACUUCAGGUACUACUAUUAUAUUUUGUUUAUGCCUUCAACAAUCUUCUCGUUCUCGCCAGGGAGACUGAAAGCGGAGCAGCCCGGAUUUGGAACGCUGUUGGUUAUUUCGUGUGCUUAACUUUGGCUGCUGAAGAUAAUAAUGUGCCUUUGAAAAUCUCCAUUGCAGCUGUGAGAAUUCUCGACGAACUGAUCAAAAACAAAGGAAGGGCUUUAUUGUUCUUGUCGAUGCAUGACCCAGAUGGCUUGCUAUCUACACGACGAGUUUGUCGUCUUAUGUGUGCCAGAGAUUCUAAGGAGUAUGUCGAUGCUGCUGGUUUACUAGUGCAAAGGGAAUUUAAUGCAUUGGCUGGAAUGGAUCGAGCAAAGGAAAUUAAACCUGACUUAGAAGUUGCUGAAGCCAACAAGCUGUGGAUUAUUCGUGUGAUAUUGGAGUUACAAGAAAUGCUAACUGACAAAGAUGUGACAGCUAUUGUUCGUGAAAUGGUUAUCGACCUUUUGCUAAAGAACCUGAUGCACAUGGAUGGGGGGAUUCCUAGAGGGUGGUCGUGGAAGUUUGUUGAAGAUCAAGGACUGCUGUCGCUUCUGGAUGUGGCGUCGCAGAUUCCAGAGCAGUGUGACUAUCCGGUCUCUCACGAGACUCGACAACAUGUAGCGAUUUGCCUUCAACGUCUGGACGAAGACAUGGUUUUCGACUCCAAAAGAAUUAAAUACAAAGAGAAGGUUGACUGGUUCUUCAACGCUGUCGACAAUAAGGAAGAUCGCAGAGUUCGGAUAAAAUUGGCAUCAUUAUUGAUCACUAUGCUGCAGGGUACCGUGGAUAUCGGUGUGAAUCUCGUAACUAAUGAUCAAGUCACUGCUGUGAUGUUGGAAAUGGCCGCUUCAUCGGAUAACCUUAUGCAGGUUUUGACUUCCCACUCUAAAGCACGAAAGAGCCACUUCUAUCUUGAAGUUCUUAGAAAGCUGUAUAAAUCCAGUGACGAAAACGUUAAAGUGCGAGCCUUAGUAGGUUUAUGUAAAUGUGCUGCUGCUGGUGGUGAUGAUGCUUCUCGUGCUACAAUGAACGAAGGAGCAGCUUUGAAACUAGCCCAAACAUGUAAAAAGUUUCUAUUGGAUUACGGCAGGUAUAGUGUUGAUGUGAGAAGAUUCGCUUGCGAGGGACUGUCGUACCUGUGUUUGGACGCGGAUGUGAAGGAGUGGAUCGCAGAGGAUUCGCUUCUUCUUCGAGCUUUGUUUUGUCUCGCGCAGUCUGCCGGAGCACUCUGUGUUUUUACUUUGGCAAGUAUAUAUGUGAAUCUUACAAAUUCUUUCGAGAAACCGGAGGUGAAUGAGGAAAUGGUGAAGCUUGCACAGUUCGCCAAACAUCAUGUGCCAGAGGUUCACCCGAAGGACACUGAUGACUACGUAGAGAAGCGUGUUCGUUGUUUAGUAGAGGAGGGAGCUGUUGCUGCGUGCGUGGCAAUUAGCAAAACAGAAUCACAUAGGGCUCUAGAGCUAAUUGCUCGAGCAAUGCUUGCGUUCUCGGGAAUAGAAGACUUGCGAGGGCGAAUAAUUAGUGAAGGAGGAACAAAGCUUUGCCUUCGUUUGACAAAAGAAGCAACAUCCGAAGGAAAAAUUAAGGCCGCGCAUGCACUAGCGAAGCUUGGAGCUAAAACUAAUCCAGAAAUAGCCUUCCCUGGCCAGCGGGCGUAUGAAGUUGUUAAGCCACUGUGUCAGCUCUUGCACCCCGAUAUUGAAGGAAGGUCGAAUUAUGAUGCGUUAGUCACACUUACCAAUCUAGCAAGUAUGAGCGACUCUGUCCGCCGUCGUAUCAUAAAGGAGAGAGCAGUGCCAAGCAUCGAAGAAUUCUGGUUCAUGACUGAUCACCCCCAUCUACGUGCAGCAGCAGCUGAACUUCUCCUCAAUCUGUUGUUUCUGGACGAGUUUUUCGACGACACUGUUAAGAAAGGGACGGACAAACUGAAGUUGUGGGUCCUAUAUUCAGCAGAAGAGGAUGUGCGGUUAGCAAGGUGUGCUAAUGCAGCUUUCGCUAUUCUUACACAGGAUGUGAAUGCGUGCCGUCGCAUUUUCGAGGAAAUUACAAGUUGGCCAGAAAUUCUGAGAGAAAUUUCCAUGCAUGAAGAUGCUGAGGCUCAAGAAAGAGGACUUAUGGCAAUUGCUAACAUCAUGGAGAGUGAUGAAAAACUUUGCUCUGAAAUCAUUUCAGCAAAAAGAGGUCUUGUAGCAGCCGAGAAGUUUGGUAUCGUAAAGCCUACUGAUAGGGAGGUAUAUGAGAGGACUACACGGAUUUCAACAAUACCGAAGCAGUAA